AUGGAGAGGGAGAUGUUAUUGGCAUUGAGGCAAUCGCCAUGGGUUUUCACUUCUCAUGGGCGAGGCUGCAAAAAAUCAUCUCUUUCAACACUUCUCAGAACUGCUGUUAAUCAGGAUGUCUCACUUGCAAAUUAUGCUACAUUCCUAGGAGGAGUUCUUGUGAGAUUUCAUAUUAUAAAGGUGACUCAUUGUGAUGUGGAGCUGCUGGAUGCUUUUCUCUGUAUCUUGUAUGCUUAUAGCCCCUGGAUUGCUGGAAGUGCCUUGGUUUUCUUAGCUUUGGGAUUUAGGCUCCAAAGGGCAACUGUAACCAGACAGCAGACACCAAUGGCAGGGGCAAGGCCAACCUAUUAUAACAUUUGGACAAGGGAAAUACUUGAUCUGGAAAUACCGAGGAACUUGGUCCAUGGCCAAAUUACAGCACAAGCUUCUAAUGUUGGCAUCGGAUCUGAAGGCUAUGAAGGAAGAGAGGAUAAUGUCAACCAAAAAAUCUUAUAUAAUGGUCCAGGCAGCGAUAGUUCAUCUAAUAUUGAGAAGCCUCCUAAUCAAUUUCCUUAUCCUCUCUCUAUAGCCAUUGUGCUAUUUGGAUGUGCUUUAUUAUUUUCAAUGAUUGCCUUCAUAAAGGGAGGACCUUCAUCAAUUUUAGCAGCUAUUGCAAAGUCAGGCUUCACUGCUGCAUUCACAUUAAUAUUUGUGUCCGAAAUUGGGGAUAAGACAUUUUUCAUUGCUGGACUCUUGGCCAUGCAAUACAGGAAAGGACUGUUCAGUGAUUCUGUGGUUAUCCAAACAGCCUUGCCAAUUGGAGAAUAUGCAGCAGUUACUCUUUUGAUGUUCUUUGGUCUCAAAUCAAUUAAAGAUGCAUGGGACCUUCCAUCAAAUGUCACUAAAAGUGGUGAGAAGAGCAGUGCUGAACUUGACGAAUUUGUUGAAGCAGAGGAGCUUGUGAAGGAAAAGGUUUCACAACGGCUCUCAAGUCCACUUGAGAUUGUGUGGAAGUCAUUCAGCCUCAUAUUUUUCGCUCAGAUAGACUCUAGAGAAGCAAGGCAACAAACAUUAGGCAAACCUCUCAAAUCCAAAUUGGUUCUAGGGCUCCAUGUUCCUCCGGAAGCUGCAUCAUUGGACUCUAAAUGCAAAGAUUGUGUGGAAUGGGGAGACCGAUCAAUGCUUGCAACUAUUGCUCUAGGUGCUGCACAGUCUCCAUGGGGUGUGGCUGGUGGAGCCAUUACUGGACACCUUUUUGCAACAACAAUUGCCAUAUUAGGGGGAGCAUUCCUUGCCAACUACAUUUCUGAAAAACUGGUCGGCUAUCUGGGUGGAGUCUUGUUUCUAGUUUUUGCUGUUGCCACAUUUGUUGGAGUUUUUUAG